UUUCGAUCCAAUAUUACUGGCUUACAUGAAUUAUUCCGAUUGGUGACCUGCCAAUCAAUAUUGGAAUUUGGAAACUUUAUAAAUAUUGAACUUUGAUUUCAAACUUUUUUAUGUCUACUUCACUGAAAAUUCGCCAAGUUUUUAUAUUCUUCAUAACAUGGUUAUCUUAUGCCUCCACAUAUCUGCUUCGAAAACCUCUUGGUGUUAUCAAACCAGACUUGGAAAAAACUCAUCAUUUGAAAAAGACUGAAAUGGGAUGGCUUGAUGCUGCCUUACUCUUGCCUUAUGCUGUUAUGCAAAUGCUACUUGGAAGUUUAGGAGAUAAAAUUGGUGCAAGAAAAGCUUUGACCAUUUGUUUGAUAGGUUCAGCAUUUUCAAUGGUGCGUAGGCUUGUGUUGUUUUGUUCCAUUUUUUACAAAUGCACCUUUAAUAUAACACCUAUAGCUAUUAUAUUUGUAUUAAUAAUUUUAUAUCACUAUUUUAUCAGCACUUUCCCCUUGACGAGUAAAAUUGUAGUGCCAUUGCCACUGUCAGGGUACAGACAGGUAGAAUUUGACAAAAAGGUUAAAAAAAAAGUAUCCAAUAAGCAGUGGCAGCGCCACAGGGAGGACACGUCCCCCCCCCCAGUUCUCUUCAAGGUCAAUUUUCUAAUUUGACCAAAUCCGGUGAGAAAAAUGGGGGGGAUGUACGUUUGUGACAUCAGUCCAGUUAUUUUUAUCUAACUUAAUAAAUUCAGUCUUUAUUAAAACCGGUAUUAAAAGAUCAUCGCUUUACUUUUGACGAAAGACUGUUUCAUAUAUGCAGUAUUUACCAUUACCACCGCCAACAAAAGGAAACCCACCAUAAUGGGUUAAUAUAUUGCCCAAAUUAAGUGCAUGGGGUAUGUAAUGUGUGAGUAAUGUGUGAUGUGGAAGUUUGGUCUUGCUGCUGAGGUGUGCGUUAUGUUAAUUAAUGCACCACUCAUGCAACGUCAUAUGGUCAUUAGCUUCUUGGCACACAUCACUACACAACUGAAAGAGAAAAAUAUUUGAAGGUUAAGAGAUCCAUCAAGUGAAAUUGCAUGUGAGGCAAAUAUAACCUUCGUUGUCGAAUCUGGACCAGUUAGACCAAUCUUAAAUUUUUCAAUAUCGGAAAUAUUGGGGAGAAAGUUUAAAUUUCAAAAGAAAUGGUACAAAGAGUACAUAUGACUGGAAUAUCCAAUGUAGCGACUGGAAGAUUGUGUACAAGUAUAUCAGCAAAGAGAAGGAAAGGAAAGAGAAAGGUUCCAAAAGAAAGUUUCCAUCUUGGAUCUGCUGAAUCUCCUUGCCCGAAGUUUUCAGCAAAGAUGAUCUGCACCACCUUUAAAGGCUUUAUCACGACUUGUUUGAGGUCAUCAAGAUUGUCGCUACCUUGCUUGUGACAGUGGCAUCAUGUGAGCACACACACAGCAAGGUCAAAAUAAUAAACAAAUGAAUACAUUUGUGAGCUGCUAUGUCACCUAAUAGACUCGAGGACCUUGCCCAGAUUAGCAGUGAACGAGAUCUAGCCAACAAUAUUGAACUUAGCAAAUUAGUGGAAAUAUUUAAGCUUGCAAAACCUCGUAAGCUUCUCUUGUAAACAGAUUUAUGAUUACAUAUAUUAGCCAAUAAUACCCAUUAUUAUUCUACCUAACAGUUAUUCCAUUUGUAUUUGAAUAUAAAAUUAUGUUGACUUCCAGGGACGCCGGAACUGAGGGGGCCGGAACUGAGGGGGCAGGAAGGGCAGCUGCCCCUCUUGCCCUUCACCAGGAGGGGCAAGGGGGCGAAGGUGGCCUUUUGAUUAAAGGAAAAUAUUUGUUAUUAAUAGAAAGAAUUCGUUCUUGUUAUUAUAGAACUAUAUAAACUAUAUGAUAUAACAAACUUUUCCUGGAAAACUGUAAGAAAUGUAUGGAAAUUAAGUUUAUAUGAUUCCAGUGUUGUUCCAAUUUGCUGUUAACGUGCGUGUCAUCUCAUAUUUUUCGCAAAGACCUCUGAAAAAAAAAUUGGCCGAGAAGGAGGGCGAAGUUAAAAUAACUGUAAAGCGAUAACAAUAUAUAAAAAGUAAAAUAACUUGAAAGAACUUGAUUUAAACGAGCCUCUAUAUAUAGCUCAAAUUUCGCGUACGACAACAGUCAUUUUGGGCAUUUUUGGCUGAAUUCUUUUGUGCCAGAAAUGCAGUCAUUGAGCUUCAAAAAUAUCAAAAUCCUCUGGGGGGAUAACCGCAGACCUCCCUAUUUCUUUAAAAAUCAGAAACGUGAUUAUGAUUUAUGGCAGCGUUAAACUCCAGAUGGUUCGUAAAUGUCCUUUAAUUAUAUAUCAAUUCAAAAGUGCCCUUCGGCUUCGACGAAAGUCUGCCCCCUCUCGUCGUUCCGGCGUCCCUGUUGACUUCAAUUUUCCCGGAAGUAGCAAUUCCUUUAGGCAGCUGUCCAUCAACGUAAUCACAGUCAACAGAAUAAGAAUGUUAGGAAACUCGAUGCAGACAUAAUAGACCUAUCUUUGUCUUUGUCUUGGUUUAUGCAAAAAAAUGGUCGGUUCAUCGUCAUGUGUGUAUUGUAUUUUCGCUAGAGACUAGAGUAACCAAUAGUUAAUAUGUUUUUGUUUAACUUUAGCCAUUGUGUAAUAUUACGACUGGGUAGGUAACUGGGUAGGUCUUAGGUAACUGGUUCCAUUGUUUUACGACCAUAAAACGAUGGAACCAGUUACCUAAGACGGUGCGUGAAAAGCCCGGAAUCCGUGGCUUCAUUUAAACACAGCAUGAAACUGCUCUUUAAGGAGAGCUACGAAAACAUUGAUCAUUUUAUCAUAUAAUCUUAUAUAUAAUAUCUUUUACAUGUAAUAUAGUGUAAUAGUCUCUUAUCCUGAGUUUAGCAAUAUGUACAGUAUAUAAACAUUAGUUCAUAGAUAGUAUACACAAGUAGUAUAGUUUAGAGCCACAAAUUUGUCAGUGCAAACUGGCAUGUGUUUAACUCUCGUUAAAUAAAGUCUUCAUUCAUUCAUUUACUGGGUGAAUUAAACCAUCACACUGCUAUUGGUAAAAAAAUAAUACACCCAUGACGAUAUAUGAACCGUUCGUUUCUUGCAUAAACCAGACAAAAACAUAGAUAAUCCCUAUUACCUUCUUAUUCUAUUGACUAUGGUGUAAUACUAUAUUUGCAGGUUUUAUAUAUACGUAUAGACUAUAGUCAUGAAAAAAUCGUGUGUUUUGUUUACUUUAUAAUCUUCGGAAUUCUGUAUAAUCUUACCCUGAAAAUGCAGGAAAUCGUAUUUCAGGGACUCUAGACUUAAAAAAUUUUCCUUGGGGGCAUGCCCGCGGACCCCCUUACUCCCCUAGUAGUGUCUCGCACCUUCGCCGCUCGAAAAUCCCCUCCUGGCGCCGCCACUGCCAAUAAGCAGCACAUUUGAAUAUUGGAACAGCUAGCCUUGAGAGCGGCCUUAUUGGAGUUUGAAGAAGAGAGCCUAGAGUUGCCGUUCAGGAUAAACUAUUUAGCUAUUUAAUGAGUUAUCUAAACUGGAUUUCCAUAAAAUCCCAUCAAGAUCCCAAGUUGAACUCAUCUGCAUACUGACUGAUCAACCAAUUGAUUGAUAUAUAUGGAAAGAUACGCAGGGUUUUAGAUUUGAUAUAUUCUGCAGUUUCAAAAUAGUGCAUGGAAUGCAGUGGGUCCGAUUAGUAUAGCUAUAUAAAGCAUUUGAGGAUUGAUAUUUGUACAUGUACACAGCUAGUUGGUAUGUAUUUAUGACUGUGAUCAUAGAAAUUUUAGAAAUCAUAGAAAACGUAACAUUUGUAAACAGAAAGAUUCUAUACUUUUGUUCACAUGGUAAUUUUUAUCUUGCAGAUAUCGUUUGGUUAUUGGAAAAGUUAUUUGAUUCUUGCCAGUCUCCUUUUCUUCAACGGGACAUUUCAAGCUACAGCUUGGCCUAACUGCGUUAAAGCUCUCAGUUCAUGGUACUCAGAUGAACAUCGUGCGUCUAUAUUUGGUUUAUGGGGAACUUGCAUUUUUGCUGGUGGUAUAAUGGGAACAUCACUGACUGUUUAUUUACAAUAUAUUUAUUCUCCAGAGUUAGAAAUAGUUUUUAUAAUUCCUUCGUUAAUUGUUUUUGUGAUUGGUUUGCUGGUGUUCUCUAUGCUGAGAACACCAUCUGAAUUAAACAUUGAGAUUCCAGGUAAAACCCAAGCGACAGAAGCGACUUCAGGUGAAAAUGUAGAACCUCUAGGCGUUUUGGAUGUUUGCCGGUUAGAGAAAGUACCUGAACUACUGGUAGCAGUGAUUUGUGUAAAACUUGUUCGUUAUUGUCUGUACAUGUGGCUUCCAAUGUAUCUCCAUGAAGCUCUGAAAUACAGUAAAUCACAAGCAGGAAUGUUGUCUACAACCUUUGAAAUUGGUGGAGUUUUAGGAUCUGCUUUGAUUGGUGUUUUUAUUAACAAGUAAGUACAGAACAAGAGUCAAGACUUUUGAAGUAAUUAAAAUAUUUUAAUAAUCUUCAAAAACUCAUUAAUAAUUCAUGAAGCAAUUAUCCAAUCUUGAGUAAGAAAUUAGUCACGUGCAUACGUCUUUAUACCAGCUAAAGAACACUUUAACAAAAGACCAUUGUUAUGCAAACUAUAUAAAGGUUUUUAUAUAAAGAAUUUUAUAUAAAGAUUUUUGUAUAAAGAUUUUUAUAUAAAGAUUUGACUUAUUAUGCAUACGUUUUUGAAGUCAUUUAAAAAACUCGCGGGUCGUGUUUUAUUAGGUCUAAAGCCACUCGCGCUGCGCGCUCGUGGCUUUAAACCUAAUAAAACACUCCUGCUCGUUUUUUAAAUAGUACAUAACACACCGCAUUUCUGAGGGAAUCUACGCCUAUUGAGUAUUGUAACAUGUUAAAAACUGUUUGGCACGGCAAUGUAGUUGUUAAGUGGCGAAUGGUGCUUUUUUAGAUAUUAUUAAAACUACGACGCGAAAGUUGUAGUUUCUGACGGACUUGCAAAUGUUUUCUUUGUUUCUUUUGUCUUUUACAGAAUUCUGAAUGAUCGUGAAAUGAUGGGAUGCUUUAUCGUAAUAGUUCUUAGUGCUAUAUCUCUAUCAUUAUUCCUCAUUACCAGUUCCUGGGGGCUGGUAUAUAACUUAACAUUUUCACUUCUCACUGGAAUGUUUAAUUGUGGUCCCACUUCUAUCCUAACUGGCUCAAUACCUGCACGUAUUGGACAGAAGGUGAAUGCACAGGCUACUGUUUCUGGAGUGGUAAAUGGUAAGUUCAUUUGAUAUAAAUAAACUCAUCUGUGCCUGCGUAUAGGCACAGAAUACCACAUGGUAUAGGUAUUGACAAAAACACCAGAAAACUGCGGAAGGAUUGAGGUUCAACUACCUGAAAAAUACAAAUAAAACUUCGACGUUUCGAGCGAAGGUCCUUCGCUACUAACUCCCCGACGAAUGACGUUUGUCUACCUUGUAUUUUUCAGGUAGUUGAAUCCCCAUCUAUAUAUCCGUAGUUUUCUAAGUCCAUUUGAGACCAAUACUACAUUACGUUAUGUUGGAAGCGUGUAUUGGAAAUACUAAAUUAUAAAUACUCAUUAGUUCUAACACAUGAAAGCCAAAGGCGAUUGGUGGGGCUGUUUAUAUGAGAGACGGGACGUUUGCCGGGACGGGACGAAGAACAGAAUCCCGGCUUGUAUACAUUUCUCUUAUAUUUAUCACCCUGAGAUGUUUAUAUAUGAAAGCGUGACGUUUUUUCUCCCGUCCCGGCAAAGCGGCAUCCCAGUCUUUGCAAAUUCAGUUGAGAUGAUUGAUAAUAAGUUGAUUGAUGUUUUCUAUUCGCUUUUCGUUCUUGCUUUUCGUAAAUCGUCUUUUCCAGUAGGGGCAGGGGCGCCGGAAGCAAUGUGAAGGGGCGGGGGCAGCCAUUUCAAAAGGGCACUUGCUUCUCAGCCAUCAUUUUUCUGGGCAGCAAUAUUUGUUAAAACUUUACUGCAUGGAUACUCGAUUACUUCUGGCUAUUAUAGGUCGCAAACUUCGACAUUAAUUUGAACAAUUUUAUUCGUUGCGCCGUGCUAAAGGUAUAAAUCAGUAAACGGACGUAUAUUGCUUUAUUUAGCAUCAGGGGCGUAGGAACCGGGGGGGGGGCAAGGGGGCCAAGCCCCCCUCAAAGUUUUCAGAACACCUAAAAAGUGCCCUUUUUCCGGUGACAAAAGUGCCCUUUGCCUUCGUGAAAAAUUUUGUUCAGAUUGUAUUUUUGAUUCACGGAUGUGAGUCUUUGUGGUUACUAGAGUGUGGGGCAGUUAAACAAUGAGAAAUGACUAGUAUGCUUGGCGCGCACUCUUUUCCUGUGAAUCGGGCCUUUCAGAACCGGAAAUCAGGCUUGGGCACGACAAAUGGCAACAUUUGCACGAUGCUUACUGCAAAAACAACUGCAAACUGCUUUAAUUCUUUCUGUCACUUUCAUUUAAUCUCAUCCGUGAGUCGGCCUCAAAGGCCUUUAAUUUUAAUAUGAUUGCAUUUAUUAUGAUUGCCCCCCCCGCUCCCCCGUAGACGACAUUUACGGGAAACAUUUUUAGGUGCCCUUUUCAUUCCAAAAGUGCCCCUCGAAACCGGUGCCCCCCAACUUUUUGAUGCUUCCUACGCCCCUGUACAUAGCAUUAAGUUUAAUACAACUGGUUAAAAAUUAAGCAAAGAUUGCUUAAAGAUAUGCUGUACAGUCCGAUAUGCGUAUGUGCACAAGGGAGCCCUCUUUUUAUUAUACAAACACUUUAUUUAGGUUUUUAUUUCAUUUUAUGUUCUUGCAAAGCUUGAUUGUGGUGUUUUGAUAAUUUAUUAUACUCUAGAAUCAUGAAAAUAUAAAUAGUUGUCGAAUAAAAUUCUAUAUUUUCGAUACUGAAAUGUAAACAAAUCCUUUGUUUACAUACGGACUGUACCGCAUCUUUAAACAUUGCUUUAAUUAAAAUCGCUCUAAACUCCAAUUCCUGUGAAUAACACAACUAUAUAUACUGUAUCUUCCAUAUGAUAUAUACCAUCCGCUAACAUACCUCACCAGCACGGUCAACCCAAGACUCUGUGAGGUUUGCUAUAGCCCCAAUACACAGUCACGUCAUUAUUCAAUGUUCCAUUUAAAAUCACAACAUCUCUCCAAUACCAUCCAUUUAUCUCCUUGAUGUUAUUUUUUAUUUUUUGUUGAACCAAUGGGAUGGUUUGUCCAAGGCCAUUCUAUAUGCCGUUCGACCCAUGUUCGCCUUUCUCUGUAGUCAUUUCUAAUGAUAUUGACCCAAUAGAAUCCAUACCACGUUGAAACGCGAAACUGGCUCGGACUGCUUCGAACUGCUUUGGACAAUCAAUCCUUAUUAUAUAUAUUAUUUAAAAGUAUUAAUCUAUAUAGUAUAUACUACGUAAUGACUGCCACACUAUGCAGUCAUAAAAACUUUUUGCCAGAUCCUGGACACCACGUGUUUGUUUUUUUGUUUUUUUUGUGUUUUGUAAACCAUCUGGGAUGAUUAUUCAAGGACAUCUAAUUAGGUUUACCCUUGUGGCAUAACUAAAUGUUUUGCCCGAUUCUAUAAGCCGUAAUUUUGGUAGGUUGUGCAACAUCUACCUAUUCCACCUAUCAAUAGUUAGAUACAGGCCACAAACUAUAGGCCUCAUUACAUAUUUCACGGCAUGGUUUGCUUUCAAGACCCUGUGAGUAUGUACAUAAUCUAACUGCAUAUAUACUUAAAUACUAAGGAAUAAAUCUACAAUCCUCACAUAGACGCACCUACAUGUGAUGGACAGAUUACGGAAACAGUACACAGUGUAAAACAAGGACUAAGUCUACUAUCCAGACCCUGUUAAGAUAAAUUUCAGAAAACCAUUUAUUCAAAUAAGAUACAGCAUUACAGGAAAAUUACACAACACAAAAUCACAAGUCUUGUUACCAACUCUAAAUUUGCAAUAUCGCAGUAUGGUCAGAUCCGACCCUGUGAUAAGUUCAUGUGCAUCAUCAAAUUACACCUAUCAAAUACCAAGUAAUAACUUUACAUACAGCACAUGCUAACUUCAGUGACGAUAUUUCUACAACGGAUUUACAUAAAAAGAUACAAAAUAACGCACGCAUAAUACGCGUGCACCUUUUAUACAAUAUUUUACGGCAUGGUCUACUUUCGGGACCCCGUUGAGAAUGAAAGAGAUCCAAUAGAUUAAUAAUGAUUACAAGUAAACAGGUUCAAGAUGCAUGUGGAGGUCCUAUUACCUACCGGGUGUCCCAAAAAAAAGUACUCCGGUUUGAUUUAUAAUAACUUCUAAACAAGUAAAGCUAUCAAACAGAAAUAACUUGCAUUAAAUAGAGGAAGGACUAACUUAGAUUUUGAUAUAUUACAGUUGUAUUUGCCUUAAAAAUUCACGGAGAUAUUAAUGUUCAAAAUCGGGAGCAUAUUUUGGGAUGUGUCUAAAAUUAGCGAAAAUCGGCAUAUCAAAUAUUAACUCCAGCGUUUGUUUGUUUAAUGACAUAUCAGGCUAACUUGUAUUUCAGCGAAUUGUCGUCAGGGAUUGUAUAAGGAUAUGGCAUAGAUUUAGACAUCUUACAUCUAAGCUAAUUGUUUCCUGAAAUAUAAACGUUCGUAUUAUAUUACGAAAUAUAAACGUAAAGUAUUUAAUAGGUUUUUAAUACAAACUUAAAGGUACAUGAAAGACCAUUCAAGGCAGGCGCUUAAAUUUUUCUUAAAUAGCCUAUAUUUUUUAUGCUUUUCAUGGGUUGAAAUCAGAGUUGAAUAUUUCUCGAUUAGAGCAGGAUGAAUAUUAUUUUUUAAUGAAGGAAAUAAUACUGCAUUUUGCAAAUACACAUCACAGUAUCAACGCUACUAUUUUGUUACGUUUUGUUCAAAAAAUGUUGGAUGUCUCUGGGGAGUUGCUUGAUAUGUCUUAUGGAGUUGUAUGGUUUGAUUGUGUUUCAUUCUUAGUUUAUUCUGAACUUGUCAAGAUUAAGAAAAAGCAAAAAAGAUUGAGUGUUCUUAACAAGAUUUCAGAACGUUGCAAAAGUUAGAAGAGCUUCACAAUUCCAUUGUGACAGCAUCCCCUAAUUCAGAACACGCGGACGAUCCAUGACGAUCCUUCGCGAUGCAGUCAGUGGUCUUAUGAAAUAAGGAAACGUACUCGUGCUAUAGGAACACACGCGGAUUUCGGAUGAAUAAAUCUUCCUUGUAUUUUGUAGAUAACAAUACUUUGUUUCAUAAUAAACAAUUUGUCAAGUGUCAUUUAUUUACUGGUAAUAGUGCAUGUUUCAGUCGGGCAAAUCUUGAUUAAUAUUUGAUACCCUUUUUUUGCAUAUUUCAGACACAUCCAGAAAUAUGCUCCCGAUUUUAAACAUUAAUAUCUCCGCGAAUUUUUAAGUGAAAAACAAGUGUAAUAUAUGAAAAUCUAAGUUAGGGCUUCCUCUAUUUGAUGCAAGUUAUUUCUCUUUAAAAGCUUUACUGGUUUCGAAGUUAUUACGAAUCAAACCGGAGUACUUUUUUUUGGGACACCCGGUAUAUUCCAGAAUUAAAACAUCAAAUCACACCAUAGUUAAUAUUAACUAUGAUCACACCUAUCAAUUACUAAGUAAUAACUUUACAUACAUUAAAUGCCAACGUCAAUUACGAUAUUUCUAAAAUGGAUUCACAUAUAAGGAUAUGCAACGCACUGUUAUACACGUGCACCUCUUAUACGGGGUCUCACGGCAUGGUCUACUUUCAAGGCCCAGUUGAAAAUAUAGGAAAUCCAUUAGAUAAAUAUGUGUGUAUAUGUGUGUAUGUGUGUGUGUAUGUAUGUAUGUGUAUAUGUGUGUAUAUGUGUAUAUAUAUGUGAAAUGAAUAUAAGUAAACCACAGGUCCAAGACACAUGUAGAGGUCUUAUUACCUAUUCCAAAAUUAAAAUAUGCAAGCCCUAUUACCAAUUCCUAAUUUGCAAUAUCGCAGUAUGGUCAAAUCCGGCCCUGUGAUAAAUUCAUGUGCAUCAUCAAAUCACACCUAUCAAUUACCAAGUAAUAACUUUACAUACAAUACACGCCAACUUCAAUUACGAUAUUUCUACAAUGGAUUUACAUAAAGAUACACAAAACAACGCACGCAUUACACGCGUGCACCUUUUACACAAUAUUUCACGGGAUGGUCUAUUUCAAGACCCCGUUGAAAAUAUAAGAAAUCCAUUGGAUGAAUUAUGAUUAUAAAAUAUAAGCAAACCACAGGUCCAAGACGCAUGUAGAGGUCCUAUUACCUAUCCCAAAAUUCAAAAACUGUCUUCAAUAUGGAUACUGUACUGAAACCUGCUCGUCUUGAUUUGGAUCCGAAUUCACCAUCUGCAGCUAAAGAAUGGAAACAUUGGCAUAAGACCUUUACUAACUUUCUCGCAGAGUGUGGUUCAAGAGCUCCAGAUAAGUAUCGUACUCUUAUUAACUACGUAUCACAUAACGUGUAUGAAUAUAUUGAAGACUGUACUGAUUAUGAUUCAGCGCUCGAAGUAUUAAAUCAGUUAUUUAUUAGAAAGCCGAAUGAAAUAUUUGCUCGACAUUUACUCGCUACUAGACGGCAAAAGCCAGGCGAAACACUUGUAGAAUUUAUUCAGGAACUUCGGAGACUAAGUAAGGAUUGUAAUCUAAAAAGUGUUACUGCUGAACAGUAUCGGGAGGAACUAAUUCGAGACUCAUUUAUUAAUGGUCUACUUUCCCCAUUAAUUCGUCAACGUCUUCUAGAGAACAGUACAUUAGAUUUGAAAUCUGCUUUUGACCAAGCUAGUGCUUUAGAUUUAGCACAGAAGAACGCGGAAACGUAUACUAUGCCCACUAUUCUCACACCUACAGCGGCAGCUGUUUCAGUAACAGAACAGACCUUGAAAGCUGCUGCCUCCAAUGACGAUGCCCCUCUUGCCGGAACAUUUACAUCAAAGAAAUGUUAUUUCUGUGGUAAUUCUAUUCAUAAUAGAAGAAAUUGCCCUGCCCGAAAUUGUGUGUGUGAUAGCUGUGGCAAAAGGGGGCAUUAUGCAAAAGUUUGCAGGUCAAAGGCCCCUACGGUUGCUUCAAUAUUUUCGCCUUCACUUUGUGCAAUCGUGGCUUCCUGUCCAGAGUCUUUGAAGCAAGCAUCUGUAAUGGUUUCUAUUGGAAACAAACCGUUGACUGCACUUGUUGAUUCUGGAAGUUCUGACAGCUAUAUAAGUGAGAGCAUGGCCAAACACCUUGAUCUUCAUUUUCAUCGGUCAACACAAGAUGUAUCUAUGGCCCUGAGUUCCCUCAAGUCACAUGUUGUUGGUCACUGCUAUGUAGAUAUUGCUCUGAAUGAACAUAUGUAUCCAUCCUGUCGUCUGGGAAUACUUAAAGAUCUUUGUAGCGAUAUAAUCCUAGGUCAGGAUUUCCAAAAAGAGCACAAGAGCGUUAUUAUUGAAUAUGGUGGUUCUAAACCAGAGCUGAUGAUUCCAAAGUCUACCCCUGUUUGUGCUCUCUCUGCUGCAUCAGUUGAAGAGCCGUCUCUUUUUGCGAAUCUUCGUCCAGAUUGCAAACCGAUAGCAAGUAAAUCGAGACGCUUUAGUAAGGAAGACCACGAUUUUAUACAACAGGAGGUUAAUCAGCUUCUCUCGGAAGGGAUCAUUGAACCCAGCAAUUCACCGUGGAGAGCACAGGUUGUUGUUGUUAAAGAUCCGUUGAAUAGACAUAAGAAGCGGCUCUGCAUAGACUACUCGCAGACCGUUAACCAGUAUACCGAGCUUGACGCCUAUCCUCUACCACGGAUUGAUGAUAUGAUUAACAAUCUUGCUAGCUACAAAUUUUUCUCAACUUUUGAUCUUAAAAGUGCCUAUCAUCAAGUGCCAAUAAAGGAAGCUGAUCAGAAAUAUACUGCCUUCGAAGCCAACGGAAGACUCUAUCAGUUCCAACGUGUGCCUUUUGGGGUUACAAAUGGGGUAGCAGUUUUUCAAAGGGCAAUGGAUAAGUUUGUCGAUGAUGAGGAGGGACUCAAAGAUACCUUUCCAUAUUUGGAUAAUAUAACAGUAGCGGGACGAGACCAAGAACAGCAUGAUGAAAAUGUCCAGAAGUUUCACGAGGCUAUCCGUCGAAGGAAUCUUACCCUCAAUGAAACGAAAUCUGUUGAAUUGAAGUCGUCAAUCAAUUUACUUGGAUAUGGUAUUGAACAUGGUGUAAUUACUCCCGAUCCAGAAAGGCUACGCCCCCUCCAAGAGUUUCCACCACCAGAGAAUGCCCGAACCCUACAGAGAGUAGUUGGUAUGUUCGCCUAUUAUGCAAAAUGGAUACCCCAUUUUUCUGACAAGAUCAAACCUUUGAUGAAGGCUGUAACAUUCCCACUGGAUUCGGACGCUCUAGCUGCAUUCAAUACUCUCAAGAAAGAACUUGGGAACGCAGCUCUUCAACACGUAGAUGAGAGCCUGCCGUUUGUGGUCGAAUGCGAUGCCUCGGAAGUGGCGCUCUCUGCUACGUUAAAUCAGGCUGGCCGACCAGUUGCAUUCAUGACGAGGAUGCUCCAUGGCAGUGAAUUACACUAUCCUGCAGUAGAGAAGGGGCAAUAGCUAUCGUAAAGGCGGUUCGCAAGUGGCAGCAUUUUCUUGCUCGUCGUCAUUUUACUCUGAAAACGGAUCAGCGUUCGGUAGCGUUCAUGUUCGACAGCAGAAAACGAACCAAGAUCAAGAACAAUAAGAUCCAGGCUUGGCGACUCGAGCUUAGUUCCUUCAGCUAUACAGUGGAAUAUCGGCCUGGGAAGGAUAAUGUUGCUCCUGAUUCAUUCACACGCGCAUUCUCUGCCUCGAUGUCAUCAAACAACCUCGAAGAAAUCCAUAUUGGGUUGUGUCAUCCAGGUGUAACUCGAAUGUUACACUUCAUAAAGUCCAAGAACCUUCCAUACUCCACUGAAGAAGUUAAGAAAGUGUGUUCAGCAUGCCGAAGUUGCGCCGAAUUGAAGCGUCAGUUUUAUCGUCCGCAGCAACCCGGAAACCUCAUCAAAGCCACACAGCCUAUGGAGAUACUUAGUAUCGACUUCAAGGGUCCACUACCUACUGCUACUCGUAAUGCAUAUAUACUCACUGUUGUGGAUGAGUACUCCCGUUUCCCAUUUGCCUUUCCAUGUCCAAAUAUGCAAUCCUCAACCGUCAUCAUGUGUCUGAAUCAGUUAUUCAGUCUUUGUGGCAUGCCAAACUAUAUUCACUCAGAUCUUGGUACCUCUUUCCUUUUUCGGGAACUAAAGGACUAUCUAACGAAACGAGGAAUGGCAACGAGUAGAACUACGCCGUACCAUCCAAUUGGCAAUGGUCAAGUUGAACGAUACAAUGGUAUCAUCUGGAAGGCGGUUCUCUUGCUCUAAGGUCAGCUAAUCUACCAGAUUCAAGAUGGGAACUCGCACUCGCUGAUGCACUUCACUCGAUUAGAUCACUUCUCUGUACGUCAACUAAUGCAACUCCACAUGAAAGGUUUUUUAACUUUCAUCGUCGUUCAUCAUAUGGUGUGUCCCUGCCAUCAUGGAUGCAACCUGGUCCCGUAUUGCUACGUCGAUUUGUUCGAACAAGUAAGAACGAUCCACUUGUGGAUAAAGUGGAGUUAACGGAUGUUAACCCAACCUACGCACGUGUACGUUACGCUGAUGGGAGAGAAUCGUCUGUUUCUCUACGUGAUCUGGCUCCCUGCCCGCCUUCUUCCAUCCAGAAUGGAACCCCUCUUGAACCUCAACCUUCUCAAGAACCCUUACCUACAUCUGAUGGAUUUCCUCCAACGCCAAACUCUACGACUCUGCAAGUUCCUGAGAUUCAGUCACAAGCGGAUAAUGCUAAACACGAGUUGUUAACAAAAGAAACUGGUCUAAGGCCUUCUACUCGUGUAAGCAAACCACCAGCUCGUUACGGUUGGUAAGGUUGUGAACUAGUAACUCUAUGAAUUGAACUAUAAAAUUUGAACCUUAUUGUUAGUUAUAGUACUUAUAUAUGACAAUUAUUAUUAAUGUAAAUUACUUGGGAACUUUCUAUUGUUUUAGAACUUUUAGGGAGGAAGAAUGAGAUAAUAACGACAUUACUGUAGUUAUAUGAAGUAGCUGGCAAUUGUUUAUGAGCCCGCAAUAGUUAUGUUUAUAUAAGGCGGUGUUUGACCACCAUUUUGUAAGAUUUGUACUUUAGAGUUUAUAGCAAGGUUUUAAGUUGAAUAAAGCCUGAUUUUACUUUGCUUUACAAUUAUGGUUUCGACACUGCCCCCGCAAUGUUUGGGCAACGGGGGCAGUUGCCCCCGUGGCUCCGGCGCCCCUGCCAGUAGCUGUGUCGGUUGGCAAAAUACGAAGCAGAAAGCAUGUUGUUCUGGAGAAGAACAAUAAACUGGAUUAAUUACAGCUGCAGCUAAAGAUAAAAGUGACUGAAUCUUUUUCUGCUUUUUGUACAUGUCUACAUGUCUCUUUCGGCCAAAUUUAAUUUUCCCGCGCUUUCUCAAACAACGUCUCAGACUCAGUGCUCCCGCGACAAAUGUCCCGGUGCAAACAUUCUCAUAUAAACCCGAGAUGUAAAUCGUCCCGUCCCGCCUCUCAUAUAAACAGCCCCUUAGUGCUGUGAUGACUGGAUUGUCAGUGGAAAGUGCAGGGGUUUGUGAAUAUACCUGACGAUAUUCAUCUUUCUGCAGGUUUUGGUGGUGCAGGAGCUAUUGUGGAAGGUCCAGUGAUUGGUGUGAUAGUGGAUUAUUAUGGUUGGUCUGGAGCAUUUUAUUUCAUGGUUUUUCUCUCCAUUCUCGCUUCUCUUUCCUUAUUAAAAGGAUCUCAAGAUGAUAUGACCUAAUCCUGGAAGUUAGAUCAAAUUAUUAGAUUGUAAGUCACGGUGACUCGCGGACAGCUAGCCACAACAGCCUUGUACCAAAUUUCUAAGGUAACUCUGAGUUCGCACACAACAUUUUGGCGAAAGGAUACGACGGAAAUAGGUACCCC